AUGAGCCAUUAUCAACACAACAUCAAUACCCCACGGUUCCCCCCUGGGGCACACUUGUCGCACUAUAGUCUGACAAACACCACUCUGAUUGGUCAGGAGGUUCAGCAGCGACUCUGGGAGAAGUACUGGGGCCAGCAGUACGCAGCUCCCCCUUCGCCAUACCUAUGGCCACACCCUGGGGUAUACUGUUACGGAUACCCAUACGGUUUUCCAGGUAUGUUCUCUCCUUUUACUCUGCAAAGGGGCCUUGAACAAUUACAAAGGCCUGUUUUAUGGCAGAUUGAAGAGAGAAGUGAUAACGAUACUACUGGCCGCGUUGGUAAACAGUCUUUGGAAUCAAAUCGUGGACAGAAUAUACUUGUGGAAGUGUUGGAGGAGGGAAACGGGUGGUCAACAAAGAGGAACCAAGGAGCAGAUAAGCAUGAAAAGGAUGCCUACCCUGUGCGUCAAAAGGUAAUCAUAGGAAUUGUCGUAAUUAACAGCGAGACUUUUUCAAAACACAGGCGAACCUUUCCUUGACACCACCAUGAUGCAAGCACUUCUCUGUUACGUGGGAGUGUAUGUGAUCUUCAUAGUUUAAAGACUAACCUAUCCGGGCGAAGAAAAACUUUGAAAUAUGGAGACGGAAUCUAAUCCUGACCUCUGCGAUGACCGGACUCAACGCUCUAUCCAACUCAAGCCAACUGGAGAGCUGGUCAAGUUUAUGAUAUACCCGAUGGUUGCGAUGAAAUGAGAACACAAUGAAAUGAAUCAAUGAACUGCGGUUAAAAAAGAUGAAAGUGUGAUUCAUUACAUUCUCACCUCUCUUAAUUACGAAUAACGCUCCUGACCCAGAAGGUAUAAUAUUUCAUACAAUUUCCACCUCUGUGCGGAUACUUGGUCUUUCCCCUUGGGGGCCGUAUCAGUCACGGAGGUAUGAUUGUAUAACUGACCAAUUAUGUAGAAAGAGCCGAACUGUAUAAGCAGCAACAAAAAGAAUUCUAAUAAGGGUAGCUGAAGGGAGGUAGUCGCUUUUAAUAAGAAAAGCAGCGGUUUGUACACAGGAAGGAUCACUUCUACACAAGCCUGCGAACACAGAAGUAUUUCCAGCGGCUGUCGCCACAACAGGCCAAUUUCAGAGUUGCCCUAAUUUCUAUUUUAAAGCGAGGCUAAGUGCGUUUUACACUUAGCCUCGUUUUGAAAGUGAGAACUUUUGGAACUCAGAAAUGGUCUAUUACACGACAGUCAAAAACGUGUCUGUGCUCGUGGGCUACGAGAUCUAAACAAGUGGUGACACAAACUCACGAGAACUGUCUGUGUUUAUUACAUCGAGACGAAUUAAAAAAAACAAACAAACAAAACAAAAAGCAAACGAACAGUUGAAAUCCCUUGGAUUGAAGGUCGUCCCAUUGCCAACAAAAAGGAGAAAAUACCAAAAAGAACUGACGACAUUUUUUUCAACUUUAUGAAAUAUCAGAUUGUGGAUCCUGUGACGGACGACCUAAACUGGAACAAGUUCAGUAGCGACCUGGCAGAUGGAAUUGUUGUGAGCAUAUUGGACAGCUUCGUCCUUGAUCUGCCUGUUCUACAUUUCUCAACAGUACAAUCUGUGUUUGAUAGUUUAGCAAAAAGUGCACCCCAAACUCAAGAUCAGUUGAUAAGUAAACCAAGCGCAGAAAAAGAAGAAUAUUUCAAAGACAUUCUGAUAUUCAAGCAAACUAGAGUUGAACAAACCCAAGGAAAAAAUUCAGAAAGUGGAAAAACUACAGCAACACGACAGAGAGGCGGAUCGCCCAAGGGAAAACAUGACAGUGACGAGAUAGGGGUGAUGCCGAACAGUGACGCUUGUAAAAUAACUGACAGAGCAUUGGAGCAUUGCGUUGCUUUGAACUCUCCACGUGUGUAUUAUAAUCAAGACUUUCUUCAAGCCAGCGACAAUGUACCAGAAAGCAUACUCUAUGCCUGUAAAGAAACAAAUCUCACUGAGAGAAAUAAGGCAGGAAAAUCAAUUGUUUACGCUUUAAAGGAAGCUGACUCACCUACUUCAGGUGAUUACAAAGCAAAUAGAGUCGGAUCGGGUACUACAGCAAGAACACAGAUAGAUGGACGCUCAUCCGGGUUGAACACAAUUGGUAAAAUAUUCCAUGAGAGCGCCGAAUACAGUUCCGUCGAGUCAGCCAAGAGUAAUGAUAAUACGAACAGCGAUCCAAAGGAGGAAUGCAAUUCUCCUAACAACGUAAGAGGAUGGGAUAAACUGCAAAAGACUUCUCAAGAGGAAUGCCAUUCCCCUAAAAGCGCGACAUCUUCGGGUAAAACUCAGGAUGAAUGCCAUUCUACCACACACAUCACAGGCAACACCGAAUCAAUCGCUAAUGAGUAUGGAAACUAA